AUGUCAAGAAAUGCAGAUGGAUGCGGCCGUGAAUGCUCUCACCAAAGAAAUGGGACUCGUAAACAGGAGCUCUCAGUCCCUAAAUCCACAGCAUUGUGUGGUAUGCCUCGAAGUACUGCAUACGAACUACUAAACAAAUUUAAUGCUAGUGAUGGCACGCGACCAUCAAAAUAUACGGCAGAAAGGGAUGCUCCAAGAACUUUACAGCUUUGUUUCAAUAUCAUUACUCAGUGGAGAGCAGCCGGUGUAAACUAUCGCGAAAACUGCGUAUUUGUUGAUGAAGCAAGCUUUCACAUUCAAACUAUUAGGAGUCAUGCAUGGCCAAAAAGGAGAGAUCCAACAGCUGUAAAAGCGCACAGGUAG